CGCAACAAAUGAUUUAGUAAACAAAAUCUAUUGAUUUUAAUUUAUAAACUUGUAAAACAGAUUAAACUAUAUGAAUAUGUCGAAUCUUGCUUUAAAUAAGAUACAGUCUGAUCUAAAAAUUGCAAUUCAAACGCACCAGAUAUUGGUUGCAAAGAUGCAGAUUAAGCCUUUGGAUGCAGAUUUGAAGACAAGACUUCGUGGCAUUCAAAGAGAAAUUCUUGCAAUGAGCCAAAAACAGAAACUCAUAGUACAGAAGUUGAGAAAAGAUUUAAUGGAAGGGCCGUCAGCUUUGUUGGAAGAAAACGGACAGCAGAAGGAAACCAAGUGCUGUGGUCUGAUGGGAGAUGCGAUAAACAGUGAACCCAGGUCCCCUGUUUGUGUUAAGGCUUUGUCUCCGCUCCGAGUACCCCAGUAUACAGCUACAUGUCAGAAGGUGACAGCCAGUGAGUCAAAGCUGAAGGUCACAAUCUCAAACCUUGAAAAAACUCCAGAAAAGCCAUACAGGAAUGGAAAAACCAGCAGGGGUGUGUCCUCCAUAGAGAGGGCCAGGGAACUGAAAAAGAAAUUGGACUUUAUGCAGAGUUUAGACCUUAUACCACCAGAUUCUAUCAAAGAUUCAACAGGGAAGCGUUCAGAAAGAAAGAGAAAGAGUACUCACAACCCAAACUUCGCCUAUGGGUUUGAGCUGGAGAGGAAACCUCGGCUGUCAACUUUUCUUGCUACAGAUUACUUUGGUGUCCAAAAACCAAGAGGGCUAUCUAUUGGAGUUCCCCCAUCCCGGCCAAGGUGUGCCAGUUCCUCAUCUUCGGAGAAGUCUUCCAGUCCCCCACCAUCUCCCAGCGACACCACACAGCAAAACCAUGCUAGCGAAAAACAGGCCGAAGAGAGAGUGUGUCAAUCCUGCGGAGAGAGUGGCUUGGUGGUGCCGUGUGACAGCUGCAGCCAGGAUUGUCACGCCCACUGCCUGACCCCGCCCAUCACUGCCACUCCAACCAGCAGGGGGAAGUGUCAUGCAUGUCAGGAAGCUGUGGACAAAGUCAGUAAGUCACUUCUGGCUGUGAAUACCUACAUAUCCAAUAAAACCAGCAAGGAGGAAGAGAAGAGACGAUUGUUGAAGCGUAGCAUGGAACUACUGCAGGAGAAGGCCAACCUUGAAACUCGGACCACGCAACUCAACGAACUACUUGCUAGACAAGGUUUCAGAAAACAGGAGCUCAUAGAUGUUAACAUGAAGGCCAAACAGUCUGUGGAGAAGCUGAAGAACUUUGUAAAGGUUGUGCAGUCCGCGUAGAUCUUACAUCAGAACAUAUGAGCUAUGCACUCAUCAGGGGAUCAUUCAUUGUCUCUUUAAAGCUGCAAUCUCACAGAUUGAAUUUGUUGAUUUGACAGCAUUUUUAUUUUUUGUCUUGGAACUAGCCAAUUUAUGCGAAAAUGCAUGUAAACCAUUCUUAUAAGACUGCUGACAAAAAAUUGUAACAGAUUUCUAUUUAAGUUCAAUAAUUGAUGUUUUGCACUUUUUUCUUAAACCGUAAGGAACACUUUAAGCCAUAAAACAUUAAUUUUCGAACUGAAAUAUGAAGAUCUGUGAUCUAAUAUUUUGUCAGCAGUCUUUUAUUACUAGUUUGCAGAUAUUUAAGCAAAAACUUGCUUAUUCCAAGACAAAAAAAAAAAGUUGUGAAAAUGGUAAAUCUGUAAGAGAGCAGCUUUAAUUCAAUAACUCAGUUAAAUCAAUUAUGUAUUGUUUUGGUUUCUUUUUGUACAAUUUGCAUUACAUUUUGAGAUUCAUUUGUUUCUUUUCCUAAGCAAGGAAUUAGGUUUACUGGUAACUUAAUAAGUCUUAGUUUUUUUCAGUUUCACUACAUGUGUACAGUAAGAUUGAAAUGAGUAGAUAUCGAGGGGUCAUGAAACAGGAUUAUUAUAAAGACAACACACUGAUGGCCAGUUCCUCUACUUUCCUAAAACAAAUUUGUUGAAAUACUCAUUAAAUUUGUAAUUUUACCAUUACAUGAACCUAUUGUAGUAUAAACCAAGAGUGGAUAAGAAACAGCUGUCAGACCAACUGGCCAUGUACUUUUUACCUGUAUUGUUAUGAAAAUGACAUUGUUUUGACAGUUAUCAGGUGAAUAUUGCUCCAUUGUAGUAGACAUUUAAAGCUUCAGUGCUCAAGCUAGGCCUAAAUAGCAGGGUGGGGCACGCUACUGCCCUAUUCUUGCACCCUGCUGCCCAUUUGUUAACAAAGUCAAUUUUCAGAAAUUAAAACAAAAUAAUACAUACUUAAUUUUGACACUCAAGACAGUAAAGCAAAAAUAACAGCUAAGGUGUUCAUAACAAACUACAUGUAGUGAAAAUUAUAGUAAUGAAAGUAGAUAAAACACAUGUGUACUAUAUGAAUUGACCAUUGGCCCUUGCAAGUGACCCAUUAAGGCAAAUUAAAAGUGCCCUUUCUGACCUAGCACCCUGUCCCUUUCAAAUCCUUGCUGGCGCACUGAAGCUUUUUUUAAAGAUAAAUGUCAAUGUUUUGUCAUAGCCUUGGUACAUACAUGUAUUAAGAAUGGAAGCUGAGACUUAAUACACAUGUAUACACCAACAUUUGGCAUAUAUUUGGGGCACGUCCCCAUGCUCUCUAUCACUUUGGUUACAAUAUGUAUGGAGUUAUGUCCCUUGGUCAACAACAGAAAAACAGACAAGCCUUUUAUUAUAUUUGACUGUAACCUUUGUAUAGUUUGGGUAUCCUGUUGAAAUUUAGAUAAAUGAAACUUAUAAAAGUUCAAACAAUUAGGACAGAUUUGAAUCUGGUAUGCUGAUUCGGACGAUACUAUUACUUUUGAGAUUUAUUCAAUUGUUCACUAUUUGUGUUGUAUUUUGUGCAAUUAUAGAAUCUUUGUGUUCUACUGUUGGGAAAGUUUUUUAAUCGAUGUGUUCAAUUGAUUUUGUAAAUGAUUGUCAGUAUUUAUGGUCAGUUACUUUUUUCUAGUCCACUUUACAAUUAUCACCUAAUGUAUUACUAGUAUAGGCAAGUGCUGAAAGGAAGGUCUUACAAAAUGUUAGAUGUUCUAUUGGCAAGUUUAUAAACUGGUGCUAUCCUCAUCAUUCUCAUCCAUUGUAUUUAAUUAUAAGGUUAUGACUGUCUUAAGGCCACACACAAUUGAUAUAGAAUUGAUUUAUUGAUUUCUUUUUUCGGAUUUACUAGACUUAUUUUUCAGUUGCAUGAUGCAAAUAAAUAUAGUCUUUAGAGCUUCUGCUUCGAAUUUUCACCCAAAAUAUGGAAUAUAAAUAAUUAAACAAUGCUUUUUAUUUCAGCCAUGUUAACAUGCAUUAAGCAUCAUUAAUGAUGUAACAUUAUAUAUAUGUGACAACAUCGUAAACACUGUUGUUUUUUUUUGGAGUAUUUUCUUUAAAUAAAUAAUAAUGUAAUUGUUAAGGAUUAUUGGUCUCAAUAUCAACUAUAUUUGGUAAAUUGUUUGCCUUUGCCAGCUCCUGUUUUUAAUCGAAAUAAAAAAAAAUCACUCACUCACUGCAAUUUCUCGGCUCGAAUGCGAAGAACAAAACCUUAAAUUGGUGUGGCCUAAAAUAAUGUUUGUAUUUUAAUUUAAGCUUGAAUUAAAAUUAAAAUUUCAGUGUAUUUCUGCCAUUGAUUAUGAAAUUUCAGAAAAGGUUGAAUUUGUUUACACUAGUACAGUCGAAAGACACAAGUGGCAUACAUGUACAUAUGAACAUGUCGUCACCUUAGUGCAAUAACUCAAUUACUCAUAUAGAAAUAGAAGCAGAUAUUGAGUUCUUGCACUAAGGUGACGAUGUAGACACUGAUCAAUAAGAGUGUGAAUCUCUGUUAUAUAGUUCAUAAUUUAUUUAUACUUUUGUUAAUUUCUUCUUUUGAAUUGUAUACAUGUAUGUGGAUUAUUACAAUUUGUUCAUUUUGUGCUGUCUAAGAGAUCAGUAUAUUUUCUAGGAGGAAACUCAUUUAAAAAACACUCAUAGAUUUAAUGUGGCAAAGAUUUGUUUAAUCUCUUUUGUAUUUGAGUAAUAGAACCUACUUUUAUGAUGAACCGACAGACAGCAAAUGACAGGCACACUGAUCAGAUUUAUGUAUAUCCAGAACUUAUAUCGUUUAAUAAAGAUAAAACUUGUUAUACCCCCCAAAACAAAGUUUGGGGGGGGGUAUACUGGAAUCGGGUUGUCUGUCUGUCUGUCUGUCCGUCUGUCCGUCUGUCCGUCCGUUUUUUUUGUCCGGGAUUCAUCUUUGUCGUUAUUGAACAAAUCUUUUUCAAACUUUCAGAUAUUAAUGGCCAUGAUGUAAACUUGCGCCUCUGUGAAAUUGGUACACCCACAUGACCCUGACCAGAGUUAUCUCCCCUUGAUGUGUUAAAGUAGGCAAAAUAAGCCCUGUCCGGGAUUCAUCUUUGUUAUUAUUCAACAAAUCUUUAUCAAACUUUCAGAAAUUAAUGGCCAUGUUGUAAACUUUCGCCUCUGUGAAUUUGGUACAGGUCACAUGACCCUGACUGGAGUUAUCUCCCCUUGAUGUGUUAAAGUAGGCAAAAUAAGCCCUGUCCGGGAUUCAUCUUUGUUAUUAUUCAACAAAUCUUUAUCAAACUUUCAGAAAUUAAUGGCCAUGUUGUAAACUCUCGCCUCUGUGAAUUUGGUACAGGUCACAUGACCCUGACUGGAGUUAUCUCCCCUUGUAGGCAAAAUUAGCUUUGUCCGGCCUAACUCCAGGGCAAACAACCUAGACAUGGAGGGGUGGGGGGUAUUCGUUAGCCUAUGGCUUACAGUUCUAGUUAAGUCUGUACAUUUUAAAAUGAUGAUUUUUUUUAAUUUUCUUUAAGACAAGCAUUUUCUUGCAGUGUCACUCUUAUUCAAAAUUAAUACAUACACAUGUAUAACAAACAUAAUUUUUGAGUGAUAAACCUUUCACUACUAACUAAAUAAUGCAUUUAUGGAAAAUAUUAAUUACUGAUAACAACAUUGUAACCGUGUAUUUAAUAGCUGAAAACACAAAAAUAUUAAAUAAUUGGUGAGUGCUAAAAGAUUUACUGUGAUCUACUAUCGUCUACUAAGGUAGAUAUACCGUGUUUUCUGAACCUUUCUUCCAAAUUAAACUCGGUAUUUUUCAUAAUAACCAUUGUUUUCGAUAUUAAUUUAUCCUCUUGGGCAUUUUAAAAGGAUUGUAUCAAUUGUGGUAAACCAUAUUUGGGAGUAAGAGUGCAUCUUUAACAUUUGUUCAAAACUUUUGUGUUCACUGCCUGACUAUAACAACGUUAAUAAGUCCACAACGUACACCGACCUGUAUAUGCUAACCAUGUUGAUAUACACAAAAUUGUAUUACUAUUGCUGUUAUAACAAUGUCCUUUGAAGUAUUCGUUUUAUAUGUUUAUUUGUGUUUUCGUUGUUUCAGUGAUACUGUUGUAAUUUUUAUACCAAGAAAUAAACCUAUUUUUGGCAG